UUUUUCUUUUUCUUUUUUUUUUUGUAUGAAGUUAUAGAUGGACUUCGAGGCGAAUCCCCUGCGCUUGGGUCGUCCCCAUUCCAAUACAAUAGAAGGUACAAAAGAAAGGAGGUCUAGUCUAUAUGAAACUCCUUGCCAAAUAGAUAUUAAGCCAAAUUCUUCCAUAUCAACACCAUUAUCCAACCGACAAUCAAUUGAUGCAACUGAAAGACUCGAGUUUUUAAGGGAAAUGCAACAAGCACGGGAAGAACUAGCUGAAUUUCGAAAAAAUGUAGCCGAUCUGGCUAAACAAAUGGAUACUAUCACACAGGAUUUAGCACAGUCUGGAGAUAGAGUGUCUGAAAUUGAGCAAAAUUUAACUGCAACAGAAGAAUUGAAUGUCAAUCUUCAAGUGCUAUUAGAGAAAGCAGUGAAAUCCCAAAAAGAAUCUGACGUGUUUGCUAAUCAAGCCAUUAAGAAUAUGUGUUCUGAUCUUGCACUUGUUGUUUAUGAAAAUAAUCAAAUUCAAGGUAGACUAGCAUCACUUGAAAAUAAUCAACAACAACAAAAGGGCAGCGUACAUGAUAUGAUUAAACGAAUGCAAGAAUAUACACAUAUGCUUGAACAAGCUCAAAAUACAAUUCAUAUGCUGCAGGAACCCCAUUUUGUCACUAAGUCACCUUCUGUUGUAUUUCCCAGUAAUGAGUCUAUCAGCACCUCGAGAAGAACCAGUGUAGCAUCUCUUUAUGAUGAUGAUAAUCAGUCUGCCACUUCCUCUUCUACUAUCACUACCAUUCCAAAACCAUUAGGGUGUACUUAUGUUCAAUCCCCACCCCUUGGACCUCACUUCACUUCUUUUAAACCACAACAAGGUAUUCGCAUGCUAUUCGACCAUGCUUACCAAGCAUCUUUAUCAUGUAACAAACACGAAUAAUUUAAUAUAAUAUUUAUUUAAAGUGGGGUUUAACUUCAGAUAUU